CCUUCUUCAUAAUAUUCUUUUGAAGAUAUCUUCUCUACAACGUGGUCGGUGGUGGGCCGUGCGCGUUAUGACAAGUGAUAACGGUAACCGGAAAUCUCAAUUUUUUCAAACCUCGAAGGGUUAAAUCAGAUGAAUAAAAAAAUUGUUAAAUGUCUGUUGUCUUAAGUUGAUUAUUUUGUUAUGGUCUACAAAUAGCGCUAAAUGGCAGUACGUCGAUUAGUUUGAAAAAAUAUAGGUAAUAUGGUAGAAUUUUGAAUAAUUAUGUACUAAUUGAUCACAUUAUUUUCUAUACAUCUUUAAUUUUUCUAUGGACAAUUUUUAAAAGAGUAACAUAUUAGAAACUAUGGAAGUGAAAAAAACAAAAAGAUUAAUUGACGAGGAUGAAAUUGAGAAAAAAGAGUUGUCUUUGCCACAAAAGAAAUAUUACAGACAAAGGGCUCAUUCAAAUCCAAUUGCAGACCAUGAUUUUGAUUAUCCUAGUUGUCCAGAUGCCUAUGACUGGUCAGCAUUGUAUCCUGAUGUGAUUAAUGAAAAUUCUAAGAUUUAUAAUAAAAGUGUAGAAAUGUUGGACAUUGGUUGUGGAUACGGUGGACUCUUAGUCACACUUUCACCAAUGUUUCCAACUUCUUUAAUUCUUGGAAUGGAAAUACGGGUUAAAGUUUCUCAGUACGUAAUAGAGAGAAUAAAAGCAUUAAGAGUAAACCAACCAAAUUGUUAUGAAAACAUUGCUUGUAUUAGAACAAAUGCAAUUAAAUAUUUACCAAACUUCUUUAAAAAAGGCCAAAUAAAGAAAAUGUUUUUCUUAUACCCAGAUCCUCAUUUUAAAAAGUCUAAACACAAAUGGAGGAUCAUUAAUGAUACAACAUUAUCAGAGUAUGCUUAUGUACUUGCAGAAGGAGCAAUGGUGUAUACAGUUACUGAUGUAAAAGACUUACAUGAAUGGAUGACUCAACAUUUCUCAGAACACUGUCUUUUUGAACCUGUUGAUGAAGAAUGUUUAAAAGAAGAUCCCAUAGUAGACAAACUUUAUGAGAGUUCAGAAGAAGGUAAAAAAGUCACAAGAAAUAAUGGAGAUAAAUUUUUAGCAGUUUUUAGAAGGAAGAAGAAUCCAGAUUCUUAAUUGAAUUUCGGUUAUGACUAAAUUGUCUGACGAUUAUUAAAAUUAAAUAUUUUUUCCUAAACAUUAAAAUAUAAUAAUUUAAAACAAAUU